AUGUUACGGCCUCACAACGAUGAUUACAAACAAAUUAGGGUCCUAGGAAAAGGAGCUUAUGGAGAAGUAUGGCUUGUGAGCAACAAAGAAAAUCCAGACGAACAGAUACCCGUAAAAAUAAGUGAAGAAGGAAUUCCCCAAAGCGUCAUCAGAGAGGUAAAAAAUCUUCAUGACGCUUUUAUUAAGCGUCGCGAUGAUCAAAUUUCUUUAAAUAUUUUAUGUGAAAAAUGUGAUUGGGAUUUGGCCGAUUUUUUGCAAAAGAUACCCCACGACAUGUGCAAUGCUCAAUGCAAACAUUUUGUAACACAAAUGUUUAAUGGAAUUGACUUUCUCCACUCAAAUGGAAUAAUUCAUCGAGAUCUCAAGCCUCAAAAUAUUUUGGUAAACAGAGAUCAGACGUUACGGAUUGCCGAUUUUGGUUUAUCCCGCAAUUAUGGACUUCAUGCAACCUUUACAACCGAAGUUGUUACUUUAUGGUAUAGAAGCCCUGAAUUAUUGUUGCAAUGCAAGUAUAAUACGAGUGUAGAUAUUUGGUCUGCGGGAUGUAUUUUUGUUGAGCUAUUUACACGAACAGCUUUGUUUCAAGCUGACAGUGAAGCGCAACAAUUACACGUUAUUUUCGAGAAAAUUGGCACCCCCAAAGCAAAUUUAUGGCCUCAAGAUGCAAUUGUUAGUCGAGUCUCCUUUCCAGAAUAUAAACCUAUUCAUUUAACCAUUUUUGCACCUAAGCUUCCUUCUUUAGCUUUAAAUUUAGUCUCACAAAUUUUUAACUUUAAUCCGUAUGAUAGACCUACUGCUUUGGAAUGUCUACAACACGAAUAUUUAAUUUAAAUUUUAAAAAACUAGGGUUGGGCACAAAAACGGUUAACCGAACCGGAACCGUUAAUUGGAUGUUUUGGCCAAUUACAGGGGAAACGAAACCUCGGGGGUUUGAAUUUAAACAUUUUCUGGUUUAUUCUGAUUCCGGUUUUCUUCUGUUUUCGAUUGGAGUAUCAAAAAACCGGGGGUACCUGUUAAUAACCGUUGUGUGUCCACCC